AUGUCUCUUACGCUUAGCGGGCGCUUGACGCCAACAGACAAGCUUCUCCAAUAUCGAGUCCUUCGAAAAGAGAAUUUAAGCACAGCCGAAAGGUCAAAGAGAUCUCGCCAGGUUAACAAACUCCUAGCAUCGUCAGCCCAGACGGGGACAAGUAUCGAAUACAAUUUUGAUGCUGCGGACUGGGAGCAUACUGGGAUUCUGCAUGAUGAUCAGGAACUUAUCCAGGACCUCCAGCAAAAGGCAACUCUACCUACCACGACUGAUAUUCUGAGUGCAGUGAUCAGCAAGUUGCGGAUGCUAGGAACGCUUGAGCAAGUACAACAUCUUCAUAGUCUACUACUUGAGCCACCGGCAUUCGACAUAUAUAAAGUGGAUCACGUCGAUCAGUUGAAGAUUGCGCUACAGCGUCCUUUCACCUUACUCUUCGCUCCCCAAUCAUCUUCAGUUGGCUCAACUCACGCUUGGUCCAUCAAAGACCAAAUCGAGUCCCUCUAUCAGGAUGGUGUUGGAUCUGCCUACCAGCCGGGAAGACGAAAUGUGACCGGUGAGACGGCUACCGGUCGUGCUGAUGUACCGCAGAUGCGCCGGCUGUUUCUGAAAGAAGGCGAUAUAACGCAGGAUGACUUGGGGACCAAUUUCCUUGACCUCGUUAACCGGUCCGGCCAUUCGUUUGUGCCAGAUGCGAUCAAGAGGAUCGACCUUAUUAGACAAAUCAAACAGCGAAUGCAUAAGGGCGGUUUCAGCCGGUCGAACGGGACCCCGUCAGAGUCCACUGGUUUCAUGCUCCUAUCGCGACCCUCCGUAUCUGGAUGGCAUACGGACAAGGCUGGGUAUUGCACUGUACUGACUUGUCUUGAAGGCAAGAAGUUCUGGUUCACGCCUCGCGGAGACUGGGGAGCGAAUUUGAUGCGUCAUUACUAUAACGGCAGCGCGCGAGAGUCCAGCUUCUCCGAAUUCACCGCUCAAGCUAUCGAGGUUGGUGACACGCUUAUACAAUGUCCAGGAACUCCCCACGCAGUCGUGACACCUUGCGACACCCUGUUUGGGGGCGAUUUUGUUCUGAUACCCUCGUUAUAUCAUCGAUCAAUCAGAGUCAUGCGCCUCACCCUGGAAGGCCGUUUGGAAAGUAAUGAAGAGCUCGAUGUGAUCGAUUACCAAAACCAUGCCCUGAUCUUAGACAAUAUCUGCGACUUCGAGGAUAUUAUGGAGACGAUCGACCAUGAAGCGACCUGGGCUGAAGUUGGUGAGCUUCUCGAGAGCCAAUCACUCCUGACCAGAGACAACGAUUUCGGGUUCCGAAGGUGCCGUCAACCGCGGAGGGUUGUUGUUCCAAAGAAGGGUGAUAAAAGGAAGGCAGAGCUACAGAACGCUCGGGUGUUGUUCUUGUUAGCCUGUGAUAAUUUUUGGUGGGGCCUACGCCAUCAGAGAAUCAGACCACAGGAGGGAGAGCUAGUAUGGAGCGAAGAGAGCUCUGGACAGGCGCCGCAGAGUAGGGCUCCAGGCAUCUUUGUUCAGAAACGAUCGAGGAGGAAACGCGCGGUAAGCUCUGUCGGAGGAAGCCCAACCAGGGGCACAUGA